CGCUCACAGCUUGAAACGAAGCCUCCACGUCGAUCAUGCGCAGCAUUCACAGUGACGAUACUUUCUUUUCCGUCAUCUCCAAGUAGUGGUCAGGGCCUCAUAUGCAGUGGCCGAGGUAUUGGCCUCAAACACUACUUGCUCUCCUAAUUGUAUCAUUGGAGGGCCGAUUAUGGUCCUACGAGCAGUCCGUUGGCAUAGCGCAGGGUGCUUCUGUAAAUUGGACGUCUCAUAGAAAGAUUGAAGCUAGGGAGAAAACAAGAAGCCUGUGGUAUCAUGGCUUCUCCAGUUAUAUGAGGUUUGCGUUCCCUUUGGAUGAGCUUGCUCCACUAUCUUGUACUGGAAGGGGUCCCGAUUGGCACAACCCCGCACAUAUAGCAACAAACGACGUGGCAGGAAACUUCUCCGUGACGCUAAUAGACUCAUUAGAUACUCUGGUUGUACUCAAUGAUACCCAAGGAUUCAACAAAGCAGUUCGGGAUGUCAUCGACUGGGUGUCCUUUGACGUCAACACUAAACCACAGGUGUUUGAAACUACUAUUCGUGUUCUUGGCGGCCUGCUUGCUGGGCACCAGUUUGCCAAUCAAAGCGGACAACCCUUCCACCUUCCUUGGUACCAGGGCCAGUUACUCUCGAUGGCGCAUGACCUUGGAACUCGUCUCUUGCCUGCUUUCAAGACACCAACGUCUUUACCAUAUGCCCGAGUCAAUCUUAGGCACGGUCUCCCUAAAGGAGAAUCAAUUGAUACCUGCACGGCCGGUGCUGGCUCCCUUAUUCUAGAAUUUGGGACCUUAAGUCGACUUACUGGAGACGAUCGCUUUGAAAAAGCUGCUUCUAAAGCUUUCUUCGCAUUGUGGAACCGAAGAUCGGAUAUUGGUUUGGUCGGAAACACAAUCAAUAUAUGGAAUGGUGCAUGGCUUCACCCGGAAGUCAGCAGUGUUGGCGCGGGUGUAGACUCCUUCUACGAGUAUGCUCUGAAAUGGUACAUUCUCAGCGGCGAUGUGGAAUUUCUUGACGUCUGGCAAGAAUCGUACGCCGCCGUUAUGAGAUACUGUCGAGCACCAGAUGGCUUCGGGUAUCGGAGCGCGAGCAUUCACACGGGUGACGCUACGUACGGAACCCUAGACUCCCUUUCCGCUUUCUGGCCAGGUCUCCAAGUCCUCGCUGGAGAUGUUGAGAAUGCCAUCAAAUCACACUUGGUUUACUGGAAUAUCUGGAAGUUGUUCUCUGGGUUGCCCGAGGUUUGGGAUCUGAACUUCAAACAGGCGACAUCAACGCAAUAUCCAUUACGACCAGAGUUUGUUGAGUCGACAUGGUAUCUCUAUCGUGCAACAAAAGAUCCAUUCUAUCUAGAUGUCGGAGAACGAAUCCUUCAUGACAUCGAAAUGCGAGCAAAAGUUGAAUGUGGUCUCACUGGUAUCAGCGACCUCCGAAUCAACGCUCGAGAUGAUCGUAUGGAAUCAUUUGUGUUAUCGGAGACCUUAAAGUACCUCUACCUACUUUUCGAUGAAGACAAUCCGUUGAAUCAUGAUGAUUCCAACGCGGUCCUGACAACCGAAGGUCAUCUGCUCAGCAUGGACAGGGCACACCAAAAACCAAUGUCUACCAUCCGACGCAAACUUCGGGGAGUAGAACACUUGCAAUGCCCUGCAUAUGAACCUCCGAUAAUUGGAGCAGGUGAACAUACCCCGGGACUAGUUGGCGGUGUUGUCUCGAGACCUGAUGUGGAAUACGUUCGACAAUUGAUUGGGUCCGUCGCGAUCGAUACUGAAGCCUCGGCAUGGUCUCCUGAUGGCUGGUGCGAGGUUCCCAAAGCCGAUCUUUAUUCCUACAACUUUAUUCUGUCUCCUUCCGGGAAGGUUGUACCGGAGGAUCUUCACCCAACAUCUCAAAAGAUAAUCACAGUUCCGGAUGGUUACAUCUUGCAAAACGUGUCUGGGAUCCGGACGCAUAUAGUCAGUCGCUUAGAUGGCAAAGGAUAUGACAUCACAAAACUUGGACCAUUCGCUGUAAAGACCGGGCAGGUGGUUUAUGUCAACGAUACCGAUCUCUUCCUUGCUCCCGUGGAUGGCAAAAGCCCUGUUGACUCUAGUGGGCAACGUCCAAGAGUACCAGAAAUAGACGUCCGGAUCUAUUUGCAUUAUGUGGACCCAAUGUUUCAGGUACAACCUGCAAUAUAUGAAGGCAGUUUCGAGACCACCGUUACCGCACACACCGCUCUAUUCGGAGGGGACCCAGUUGGUCAACAGAGUCAUCCGCUCAAGUUUGGUCAUGGAGAGGGCGUACGCCUGGUUCGCGAUGCUGAGAACCUUUAUGGCUGUCGGCCUUUCACUCAACAAUUCGAAGGGGAGGCCGUUCUUGUACGCCGUGGAGAAUGCGGAUUCCUGGAGAAACUUAUCAACGGGAAAAGGGCUGGUGCUUCUGGUGUCGUAGUUAUCAGCGAUGAGGAACAUGGUAUUAACCCAUCCGCCGACGAGAAAGCUAUCAAGGCUCUCGGGGAGUCUCUCGACGACGUCGCUAUUGUGGUCAUCGGACAAGGAGACGGCGAGGUUAUUUUAUCAAUGCUGGAUGCGGCGGAAAUUCAUGGAAUGGGCCAUGUCAUGCUAGCCAUUGCCUCCAAGGCUGAGCCCGUAACAGAGAAAGGGGAUACCAGGAGGGACGAUCGAAACCAGUCGGACUCUAACAGAAAAGCAGAUGCGGAUCCUCGACGAGUGCUGUAUCUUAACGGGCACCCGUUGCUCAAUACACGGUUGCUUGUUUGAUGCUGUACAUGUAGCAGUAUGUAGUAGUAAAUUAUUCAUACAUAUGAAUGGGAAUCAGAACCUCCUAAUCGUCG